CGGACGGGCCGGCGCCGCUGCUCAGCCUCACCGUGUGGCAGCGCGCCCUCGCCGGCCUCGACCGCUUCCUGGGCCGCGCCCUCGUCCCGCUCGGCCCGCUGCUCCAGGCCGGACGCGCCCAUCCCGACCAGUGGCACAAACUUCACUCCAAGCCCGGGAAGAAGGAGAAGGAGCGCGGGGAGAUCCAGCUCAGCAUCCACUUCACCCGCCACAGCCUGACCGCCAGCAUGUUUGACCUGUCCGUCAAGGACAAGCCCCGGUCGCCCUUCGGCAAGCUGAGGGACAAGAUGAAGGGCCGGCGGCAGUACGACCUGGAGUCGGCCUCGGCCAUCGUGCCCAGCAGCAGCGGUGCCCUGGAGGAAGACCUGGGCCUGGGCGGCAAGAAGGCCAAAGGCGGUGGCUUCUUCUUCAAGAACAAGCUGCGCAAGUCCUCCUUGACUCAGUCCACCACCUCCCUCGGCUCCGACAGCACCGUCUCCUCGGCCAGCAGCAUGGUGGGCAUGGCUGCCUUGGAGGUGGCGGCAGCCCCCUCCCCCAGCCGGCACGGCAGCCUCCCCGCUGACCGCUCCGUGAGAGACUUCCUGCCUUCCCCGAGGCUGACCCACAAGAGGGCGUUCAGUGACGAGGUCUCCCAGAUCAACUCCUUGCCGGAGUCCAGAUCUGUCCAGAGCUUGAAGUCGCAAAACGAGCCCGUCUCCCGGUCCUCCCUUUGCAUCAACGGAAGCCACAUUUACUGCGAGGAGCCCUCCCCCAGGCCUGCUGUGUGCCCGUCCCCUGCCGCCGCCACUCCCCCGAGCAAGCCCAAGAAGCUGGCAGAGAGCUUCAGCACGGGGCCUCCUGCCCCGGAGUCUGAGCCCUCUCCCUGGUCCGGAAGCAGUGGCAGCUUCCAGAGAGCCCCGCAGAAGGACCCUCCCCGCUUCAUCCCCUCCCCGCCAAUCCUGGCCGCUCAGGAAGAAGACAAGCUCUCUGUCAAGACACUGGCCCUCAGUAAACACCGUAACAGGGCCAAGAUGGACGAGGGGGUGCACACGGAGGGCAGGCCUGUCCAGAUAGCCAUGCCCAUGGUGUCCUCAGCCGAAGCAUGGAGGGGGAGGACCCCGGAGGAAGCCCAGAAGGAAGAGAAGCGAGCCAAGUCCGGCUUUUUCUGCCAGGGCAGCACCAAAGAGGAUGCUGGCAAGAGCCGUGUGGCCGAGAGUGUGGGGCGUGUCGUGGCUGCAGGGGGGCUGGAGGGAGAAAAGAGCGGCAGCUGGUUCAGCAUGAAGGAUGCCCUGGACCCCUCCCAAAGACCCAGCUCCCCGCCUGGGCUGCUGGCUGCAACUGAGGUCACCGAGCACACUUGUGUCUGUGAGGAUCGUGGCCCCUCCGCCUUCCUAAGAGCUGGAACCCCACAGCCCGAGCCGGCCCCCCCAAGCGUGAGUGCCUUUGAGCCAGCCGCUGCCGCUAGCCCCCCUCUGGAAUGGGGCGACCCUUUCGAUGCCUUUGCGACCAGCAGGCUGAGGCCCGAAGCCGAGAGGGAGCCGCUGCCGCCGCUGCACUGGGACGCUGCCUUGGGAGGCCUCGCUGGUCACGACCCUCCAGAGGACGCCCGCCCACCCCAGACCUCGUCCGGACUCCCCCCGCGAUGGCCGAGUGAGGCAGAAGGGAGUCCAGGCGUGGCCCCUGAAGAGACGGUGGCCGGGGGAGGGACCCUGGGCCAGGAGCCGUGGGUCACGUGCGUGGAGAGCAGGCCCGGCCACCCUCCUCCGCAGGGGGCAGGGUUUCCCUUGGGGCCCCGCGAGGAAGAUGCGAUUUCUGGAGCGAGUCUGGACUGGAAAGAGCCGCCCCUGGCAGUGGUCGAAGCAGAAGCGGCACACCCCUGGGGGGAGGCCCAGCGGGCCUCAUCUGCGGGGGCACCUGCCGGGUUCUCUUGCUCCGAGCUGCCCCUCAGUCAGGCCUUGGAGGGCAACGCCAGCCUGCCUGGCUCUUUGGAGAAGACCCCUCUGAGCACCCCCACAGAAAGGCAAUGGGAAAGGCCGACCGUGUUGCCGCUUGGAACUGGCCCGGCUGCCGAGGCUGAGACAGGGGAGGAGGCCUCGGCUGGCACACGUUGCUGGGAAACUGCCAGGCAAGAGCCAGCUGUCCUCCAGAUGCCCCCAGAUGAGGCAGUUGAGCUGGGUGGCAGUGCUGAGGAGGGGGUAGGCAUGCCCUCGGGUAGCUGGGAGCAAAGAGGGGAGGGCAGGCAGGGGGCAGAGGCGGCCCCGGCAAAGCCUCCGAGGACGUUCACCUCCCUCAGCCUAGAGGAGGAGGCAAGUGAGGCUCUUUGGGGGGCACGGGUGAGGUGUGAAAGGCAGCAAGGCCCAGGGGUGGCAACUGAUGGGCAAGGCCCCCCCGUAAGUGACGGCAGCGCUCCUUGGGUAAUUGGCGCAGGUGGCGGGAGCGGGGGCCGUGGCACUGAGGGCCUCCUGCUUCCUGCUGCGGAGGGCGGCCCUGCCAGAGCUCCUGAGCUAAUGAGGCAGGCAGGCCCUUUGGGGGAUUCUGUGCAAGCAGCAAAUGAGGGGGCCAGGGGGGCCGAGCAGCUUGGAACUUGCCCUGGGAAGCCAGGCCUGGCAGGGGCAGGUGGGGAGCCUUGCUCUGGGCUCUCCUCUGGGCUGAGGCCGCUGCUUGUGGCCGAGGAGGGGGGCCUGGGGUCUUCCGGAACGCCUUGGGAGCCAGAGCCCAGCCCUUCUGCGCUCUUCUGGACUGCCUUGGAGGAGCGGCUGCAGCAAUCCUGGGACAGCGGCAGUCCCGAGCAGCCCAGAGGCCUUGGCGAGGGCACGCCAGAUCCAGGGCCCAGCCUGGAGCAGGGAGAUGGGGUCGCCCUCUCCUCGCCCGAGGCAGGCCAAACUGGAAGCCAUAGCAGCCAGGCUCUGCUGGUCUUGCCUGCAAUCCCCCAGGUUCUAGCGGGCGGCGUGCUGAGGCCACGGCCCAGGGGCAGCUCGGCCAGCGACUCGGAGCUGUCCUCCAGCUGGUCGGAUGACAGGGUGAUAGACUUCAAGAAGGCUGACUUCUGGCAGGCGGAGAGGGGAGAGGACGGCAGCUCCCCCAGCAGCAACCCCUUUGUAUCCUGGGUCAGCCCCCAAAACAACCCCUUCGUGGAGCGGCCUCCAGAUGCGCUGCUGCCUGCCCUCCGGGGCUCCCCGGCUGAAGGCCCGAGCUUUAGCGACCUCCACGCAGAGGCUGCCCCGCAAGCCUUGCUUCCGGCUCCCCUCUCUCAGGACUGGCCCGCUGCUCCCUCCCCGCAUGACAACCAGCCCUUGGCUUUCUCCACUCCUCUCGAGGCGGCCAUCAGCUCCAGCGAGUUCGACUUCCCUUCUCCCAUCAUGCCUCCUGCCCCCGGCGAGGGGUCAGCGGCCAGUGGCCUCCUUGCCACCCGCCUCUCCCUUGCUGUGCCAUCACCCAGCACGGAAGCCACGGCGUCUUCGGUCUCACCUGUGGAGACUCAGCCGGCUGAGGAGGUGCCUUCCCAGCGGACAACCAGACCACACCCGGUGAAGCCCAUCAGUACUUCAAGGCCAGUGGAGAAGCAGCGCCGGUCCAGCCUGCCCCUCAGCCAGGAGAAGCUUAAGCCAAAGCCCACAAGCAGCAACGAUUCAGGCGCUCCCAUUCUGCCGUUAGAAAAGACAGGCCCGAAAAGGGGCCCUUCUUUGCCGGACUGCUCGGCCAAGUACUACCACCUGACGCACGAUGAGCUGAUCCAGCUGCUGCUGAAGCGAGAGGCGGAGCUCAGCAAGAAGCAGGAGCAUGUCCGGGAGCUGGAGAACUACAUCGACCGGCUGCUGGUGCGCAUCAUGGAGCAGUCGCCCACCUUGCUGCAGAUCCCCCUGGGCGGCGGGGCCAAGGCAGCCAAAUGA